AUGCAGCAUAACCAUGGUGGCUCUGCCUCUAAAAGUGUCAUCACAUGGCUCGUAGUUAUCAUCAUCAUGCUCUAUUUUCUUCACUCUUCCGACCUCUUCGUCUCCCCCUACGACACGCCUGAUUGUCCGAACAACUUAGACCUCGCUACCUCCCAGAACCAUCUUCACAUCUCAAACACCACAAUCCAAAAUGAAGAAAAAACAGAGGAUGAAGAACCAGAAGACUUAGAAACAGAGCAAAUCGUAGCGCAGUUACCCCCCGAAACACCUCGUAUUCCUCCCACCGAGCUUAAACACAUCGUUUUCGGCAUAGCAGCUUCCUCCAAUCUGUGGAAUAACAGAAAAGAAUACAUCAAGACGUGGUGGAGGCCAGGCCAAACCAGAGGAGUCGUAUGGCUGGAUAAGCGCAUCAGAGUACGAAGGAACGAAGCGUUGCCGCAGAUUCGAAUCUCUGCAGAAACGUCCAGAUUCAAAUACAGGAACCGUCAGGGAGACAGAUCGGCGCUGAGGAUAUCGAGGGUGGUAUCGGAGACACUGAAGCUGGGGAUGAAGGAUGUGAGGUGGUUCGUGAUGGGAGACGACGACACGAUUUUUGUGGUGGACAACGUAGUGAGAAUAUUGUCCAAGUACGACCACAGGCAGUAUUACUAUGUAGGAAGCUCGUCGGAGAGUCAUGUUCAGAACAUACAUUUCUCGUAUGCGAUGGCAUAUGGAGGGGGUGGCUUUGCUAUCAGCUAUCCAUUGGCCAAAGAGCUGUCCAUGAUGCAGGACCGUUGCAUUCAGAGAUACCCUAAUUUGUAUGGCAGUGAUGAUAGAAUUCAAGCCUGCAUGGCUGAGCUCGGGGUCCCACUCACCAAGGAAGCUGGGUUCCACCAGUAUGAUGUAUAUGGAGACCUAUUAGGGCUACUGGGGUCACAUCCAGUGGCGCCACUAGUGACACUGCACCACCUGGACGUGGUGGAGCCGAUAUUCCCACGAAUGAGUCGGGCGAGAGCCAUACAGCGCCUGAUGGAAUCGGUGAAGCACGACUCAGCCAGCGUGAUGCAGCAAUCAAUCUGCUACGAUAAGAACAAGUACUGGUCCAUCUCAGUGUCGUGGGGUUACGUGGUUCAAGUAUGGAGGGGCAUAUUAUCCCCGAGAGAACUAGAAAUGCCCUCAAGAACCUUUCUUAAUUGGUACAGAAGAGCUGAUUACACUGCUUAUACCUUCAACACAAGGCCCGUCUUCAGACACCCUUGUCAAAAGCCCUUCGUCUUCUACAUGAGCAAGACCCGAUAUGACUCCGCAAGGAGGCAGAUCAUUGGCACUUACUUUCGUCAUAACUCCAAGCCUUCUUUCUGUCGCUGGAAAAUGGACUCACCCCAGAAAGUCGAUACCAUCGUCGUUCUCAAAAGACCAGAUCCUCUUCGAUGGCAGAAGUCACCGAGGAGGGAUUGUUGCAGGGUUAUGCCGUCGCGUACAGGCUCAACCAUGUACCUUUGGGUGGGCAAUUGUCGAGAUGGCGAGAUUAGUGAGUUGUAG